AUGUCUGCUCAGAACCAACAAAAAAAGGGUAGAGGUCUCACCGACUUGGUUGCUGGUGGAACUGCUGGUCUCUUUGAGGCAUUAUGUUGUCAUCCAUUGGAUACCGUCAAAGUUCGAAUGCAAUUGUACAGAAAAUCGGGUAAAAAACCGCCAGGAUUUAUUCGUACUGGUAUCAAUAUUGUGCAAAAGGAGACAUUUUUGUCUCUUUACAAAGGUUUGGGAGCAGUGGUGAUUGGAAUUGUCCCCAAAAUGGCAUUGAGGUUCUCGUCAUAUGAAUUUUACCGGUCGCUUUUGUAUGCUCCAGAUGGUUCAAUUACCUCUGGAAACACAUUCCUUGCUGGUGUGGGAGCUGGUAUCACCGAAGCAGUCUUGGUGGUCAACCCUAUGGAGGUGGUGAAAAUUAGAUUACAAGCUCAACAUCACUCUAUGGCUGACCCAUUGGACAUUCCAAAGUACAGAAAUGCACCCCACGCAGCCUACCUUAUCGUUAAAGAAGAGGGGUUCAGCACGUUGUACCGUGGUGUGUCUUUGACUGCGGCUAGACAAGCCACUAACCAAGGUGUCAAUUUCACUGUUUAUUCCAAAUUGAAAGAACGUUUACAAGAAUACCAUGGAACCGAUGCGUUGCCUGCUUGGGAAACAUCUGGUAUUGGUUUGAUUUCAGGUGCUUUGGGUCCAUUAUCGAAUGCUCCAUUAGACACCAUCAAGACCCGGUUGCAAAAAACAACCUAUGCAUCCAAGGACUCAGCAUUGGUCAGAAUCGUCAAGAUUGGUAACCAAUUAAUCAAGGAAGAGGGAACCGCUGCCUUGUACAAGGGUAUCACCCCAAGAAUCAUGAGAGUGGCUCCAGGACAAGCCGUCACCUUUACCGUGUAUGAAUACAUGAAGAGGUUGUUGAAUGGAGAAACUGAUAUUCCUGGUAUCACCAACAACAACAAGAAAUUGGAGUAG